UUAUAAAUAUAUAUUGACCAACCUUACAACACCACACACCAAUUCUCGUCUUCAACAACGUUUCACUCCAAACAUAAUUCUCUUCUCUUCUCCUUCAUACCUUCCUUUAGAAACCAACCUUGUUGUGAUAACCUCUUCAUUCCUUACUAAUAACUACCAUCCCAAACACACAAAAAAAGAAAAAAGAAUGAGACUUUUGUCCACAAAAGCAACGUGCAAUAGUCACGGCCAAGAUUCUUCAUACUUUCUAGGAUGGCAGGAAUACGAGAAAAACCCUUAUGAUGAGGUCCAUAAUCCCAAAGGGAUUAUCCAAAUGGGUCUCGCAGAGAAUCAGCUCUCAUUCGACCUCCUAGAGUCAUGGCUCGCAAAGAACCCUGACGUGGCAGGGUUCAAACGUGACGGCAAAUCCAUAUUCAGAGAACUCGCUCUCUUCCAAGACUACCAUGGCCUCCCUUCAUUCAAAAAGGCAUUGGUGGAUUUCAUGGCCGAAAUCAGAGGAAACAAAGUCACUUUCGACCCCAACCACAUCGUUCUCACCGCCGGCGCCACCUCCGCAAACGAAACCUUAAUGUUCUGUCUCGCCGAACAAGGCGAAGCAUUCCUCCUCCCCACUCCUUAUUACCCAGGAUUCGACAGAGACCUAAAGUGGAGAACCGGGGUUGAGAUUGUUCCAAUCCAAUGCAACAGUUCCAACAACUUCCAAAUCACGGAGGCAGCAUUGCAACAAGCCUACGAGGAUGCGAUGAAGCUCAACCUAAGAGUGAAGGGCGUUUUGGUCACGAACCCGUCAAACCCAUUAGGCACCACAAUGUCUCGGAGUGAACUGAACCUUCUGGUCGACUUCAUCAAAGAGAAAAACGACAUUCAUUUGAUAAGCGACGAGAUAUACUCCGGCACCGUUUUUAGCUCCCCAGGCUUCGUCAGCGUCAUUGAAAUUCUCAAGGAACGAAACGACGUCACUGACGGAGACUGGAAUAGAGUUCACGUCGUCUAUAGUCUCUCAAAAGACUUGGGUUUGCCGGGGUUCCGCGUCGGCGCUAUUUACUCCGAAAAUGACACCGUGGUUGCCGCGGCGACGAAGAUGUCGAGCUUUGGUCUUGUUUCUUCGCAAACGCAGUACCUCCUCUCUGCCAUGCUGGGGGACAAGAAGUUCACCAGAAACUACAUAGCUGAAAACAAAAAGAGGCUUAAACGACAACAGAAAAUGCUCGUUUCGGGGUUAUUAAAGACCGGUAUUCCUUGCCUCGACAGCAAUGCGGGGCUGUUUUGUUGGGUAGACAUGAGACAACUUUUGUAUUCGAACACGUUCGAGGCGGAGAUGGAGCUGUGGAAGAAGAUAGUGUACCAAGUUGGGCUGAACAUUUCGCCUGGCUCCUCGUGCCAUUGCACCGAGCCAGGGUGGUUCCGCGUGUGUUUCGCGAACAUGUCCGAGGAGACUCUGGCCUUGGCCAUGAAACGCUUGAAGAACUUCGUGGCGGCUGAGUCUCAGAGGAAUAGUGGUAGUAAUGGUGGUGCUCUGUUCAACAACAAUGGAAGCUCCAAGAGAAAGUCACUCACCAAGUGGGUUUUUCGGUUAUCGUCUCGCGAUCAUCGUCGUGAACAAGAAGAACGGUAGCCUGGUCGUAGUCCUUUACGUCGCUCAUGCACAAAUUCAUAAAAUUCAAUUUUAAUUUUUCUUUUUCGGCCUCCCCAAUAUUUUUGGUGGAGUAGUCCAAAAAGUUGUCCAUUUUUUUUUUUCUAAAAAAUUAAUGUAGAGAGAGAGAGAAAGCACUCUGUCCAUGUGGAUGUGAAGUGUGUGGGCUUUCUAGUCAGCCUUAUUUGUAUAAUUGUUGUUCCAUAUCUCAGUCAUUAAUUCCCCUACCUUCAAAAUCUCCUUACUAUCACAUUAAUGAAAAGUUUUAUUUAUAUUGCUAUUA